UCACUUUACAGAGACUUUGGGAAAAAAUGAGCUGCAUUAAAAAAAAAGAGAAGUAUCAGUUGAGAUGAAUGUGAUUGAAGUUAAUUUUUUAGACUUUUGUGGUGCUACAGGUUCGUCCUUGCUCUAAAUGAGCCCGCGGUGUCCGGACACCUCAAACUACAACACGUGGAUUCAUCGCUGCUUGGACAUUUUUCCGGAUUCGACGGAGGAACCGAGGGAGCCGAGUGGUUUCAAAUUCAUCACGUCCAGCUCAAAGUCAACUGCUCUCCACAUGGAGUAUCUGCCGGAUAAAAACUCCAGCUACAAAGACGUCGCCUACUGGGAUGACAGGUACCGGACGGAGGAGCACUAUGAUUGGUUGGGCAGCUUCUCCAGUUUCAAGCACCUCCUGGAAAAAAUCAUCAAGAAAGAAGAUUCCAUCCUUAUACUGGGUUGUGGAAACAGCAGUUUGGGCGGAGACAUGUACGGUGCCGGCUACCAUGCGAUUACCAACAUAGACUACUCCUCGGUUUGCAUCAGCGCUAUGAGUGCCAGGUACAGCAGUUGUCCUGGUAUGACCUGGCAUCAUAUGGAUGUUCGUCAACUCUCCUUUGGCGAUGCAUCCUUUGAUGUUAUCCUUGAGAAGGCGACGCUGGAUGCCAUCAUGGUUGAGGAGAAAUCACCAUGGGAGGUCUCUCCUGAAACUUCAUCCUUCAUUCAUCAAGCUCUCAUGGAGAUAAGUCGUUGCUUGAAACCCGGAGGCUGCUUCGUCUCCAUUACGUUCGCGCAGCCCUUCUUCAGGAAACGUCUCUACGCACGCACCGUGUACAACUGGUCCGUCAGACAUGACAGCUAUGGUGAGGGCUUUGAGUAUUUUGUGUACGUAAUGACCAAAGGAGACCAGCUCAGCCCAGAAGAUGCGGCUCUGGAACGGAGGCUUCUGGAGGAACCCAAACCCCAACCCACCAGCUGUCCCACCCCUCAAGACGAAGAGAAUAAUGACUUCCUGUGCAAUAUUAACUUAUGAUGUUGCUGAAAUGUGGACAUUAAUCUCAGGAAUAUUUUAUGUCUUAUCUUACGGAAGCAGAAGCGAAGUGACAUAUUUAUUACUUUCAGUGUUGAAAAUAAUUUUAUCUCAAUUUUUAGUAUUUUUAAUAAUUU